UCCGCGCGCGUUUGACACUCGGUUGUUGUCGCUCAACCUCGCCGGAAUAUCACAGAGCCUGCCGGGUAGGAGGGAGGCAAGUGGACUCAUUAUAACUCCCGGCCUUUGGGGCAUUUACGUUAGCACUGACAGCUCCCGGGAACACCGCGCGGUUAACCUGCGCUGUCUAGCAGCGAACCAUAUAUUCAACAUAAGCGCAGAAGCCAUUACGCUGAAUCGUUGCCGAGGAGAAACAGAUGCUACAAGGAUACAUGAGUUGGCAUCGACCGGACAACCGGCAUCUCCAUCUUUGGUUAAACGACAGGAUGUGAGCAAAUGGGUGGAGUAAUGAGAGUGACGCUGUAAAGGAGGUCACAGGAGCACACUGGAAUACAACGAGUAGGCCAGUCAAGGAUGCUGGAGUCAGAUGCAGAUGCAGCAGGUGCAGAGGCGGGGGACAGGGAUGCAGAGAUGGAGAGCAGCGAUCUGAGGGCCGAGGUGUUGCGACUGACUUUGGAGCUCCAGGAGGCCACAGAGGAGAAGCUGCAGGCCGCUCGCUAUGGCCUCGUGGUGCUGGAGGAGAGUUCGUCUCUCAAGAUCAAACACAGGCAAUUAGAAGAGGAGCAUGAAACUCUCAAAGCGGAGCUACAGCAGCUCAAAGAGGCGUUUGCAGAUUCUGUGAGUAGCCAGAAGCGGGCAGCCGCUGAUGGAGAGUGUCGGGAGGAAAGUUUGCUGCAGGAGACAGCAUCUAAGGAGGCUGCCAUGGCAACGCGCUUGGAAGAAGUCCAGUCGGAACUAAAACAAGCACGUCUUGCCCUCGGCAAUGCUCAUGCAGAGAUCGACAGACUUGGGGUAGUCUCAAAUCAGCAAAAGAAGGAUUGUGAGUGUCUGGAGGCAGAGAAUGGGCACCUGAGGGAUGAAAUGAAGGAAUAUAAAGUCCGUGAGCUGCGCCAGUUACAGGACAAUGGUGAGCUGGAAGAAGAGAACAUAUCGCUUCAAAAACAGGUGUCUGUGCUGAAGGAAAACCAGGUUGAAUUUGAGUCAGUAAAGCUUGAGCUGACCCAAAAGAAUGAGGAGCUGGAGGAGCUGCGGGCUCAGAUGGAGGAAGCUGCCAGGCUGCGGGAGAUCGCAGAGCGUCAGUUGGAUGAGGCGCUAGAAUCCUUGAAGGAGGAGAGGGAGCAGAAGAACAGUCUGAGACGGGAGCUUUCUGCCUUUGCCCUAAGCCCUUUUGAUUCUAUGGGCAACCUGGAGCUCCACUUGGACCAGCUCGAUAAUAGCCUGGGGGAUAGCCAGGCUGCACAGGGAGAGGACCAGGACAGUGGCAUUAACAAUGCUCCCGGGUCUGCGCCCAAUUCUGCUCACCUUUCUCAAAUGAGGGGCUCCAAAAGUAAUGGUGUCAUGCCUCGUUACUCCACUCCACGCAACAGUGACGUAUUCCUGCGUGCUCCGGCCUCUGGGCUGGUGUCUGACCUGCUGAGUGAGCUCCACUUUUCUGACAGUCAGAAACUUAAACAGCAACUCCUACAGGCUGAAAGAGAGAAAUCAGGUCUUGCCAGCAAGGUGGAAGAAUUGCAAAUGCAGUUAGUGAUGUCCAAGCAGGCACUGAGUCAGCAAGAGGACAAAGUUGGAUCUCUCACCCAACAGCUGGAGGCUGUGCAGAGUAGCCAACAGCAACACCAUGAGGCAGAUGACGGAGGGGAUGAGGACACUAAGAACGGAGACCAUAGUGAUGUCGUCUUUGACUACGAGGUAGAUACAAAGGGUAAGGAGGUGCUGGAGGCGCGUAUGCGUUCGGCCAGUGAAGAGCUUCUGAAGCUGCGGGAUGAACUGUCUCAGGCAGGUACUCGAUAUAAUACCCUGGAGCAACGAUACAAACAGGAGAAGGAUCGCUGGCGAACAGAGGCUCAAGAACUGGCUGACAAGAUUCGGCAAUGCAUCAAGUCCAGCAGGCAGGACCAGGAACGGAUCAGUGAGCUGGAGAUUGAGAUUGGAGCCACACGAAAAGUGGCAAGUGAUUCCGAAGGUCAUCUGAGUGUGGCGCAGGAAGAGCUACUGGCCUUUUCUGAGGAGCUGUCCAACCUCUAUCACCACAUCUGUGUAUGUAACAACCUGACACCCAAACGAGUCACCCUGGACUAUUACCGUGAAAGCGCCAGGGUGCAUGGUGGAGUUGGUGUGAGAAGACAACACAUCUCCACCCAGCCAAACUCCCAGAAGAAGCCAAGAGCCAAUGACAUGUAUAUCUCUAAAGCUGCAGCUUUGCAGUUUAUGGGGGAGGUGGACAGUGCAGGAUCUUCUACAGACUCCCCUCAAUGCCCUGGUUCGCCCAACCUGGAUUUCAGGGACCCCUCCAAUGUAAGCAACUUGGUUGCAGUCAUCAGAUGCCAGAUCAAACACCUCCGGGUGGCAGUGGACCUCUGUCGUCAGCGGGGUGCAAUGCCUUACUCUGGGUUGAGUAGCACUGUCGAAAUGGAGAGAGAUGCUGAAAGCCUGCUGGAGGAAGUACUGAAACUUAAGUCCCUUCUUAGCACCAAGAGGGAACAGAUCGCCACUCUCAGGACUGUCCUAAAGGCCAACAAACAGACUGCUGAGUUGGCCCUGUCCAAUUUAAAAACAAAGUAUGAGACUGAGAAAAGCAUGGUGUCUGAGACCAUGAUGAAACUACGCAACGAACUCAAAGCCCUGAAGGAAGAUGCUGCUACAUUCUCGUCACUCAGAGUCAUGUUUGCCAGUCGGUGCGACCAGUACGUUACCCAGCUGGAUGAAAUGCAGAGGCAACUGGCAGCCGCAGAGGAUGAGAAGAAGACCCUGAACUCUCUGCUGCGCAUGGCUAUCCAGCAGAAAUUGGCUCUCACCCAGCGCUUGGAAGAUCUGGAGGCCCCUCUGUCUCCUCACAGCUUGAACAGCAGCCCACGUCGCUCCAGAGCCAAGGAGUUGGCCACCAAGUCAGGCCGCGUUCCGCGAAGCCCCCGCAGCAGCCCUGCCCGUCACCCUGUGAGGAGCAGCCCACGAGCUAGUCCAGUUCUUGGGAGCAGUGUUCCUGCCAUGGCCACACACCACUUGCGAGCUCUCACACGAAGCCUCCACACAAGCCCUCGCUGAAACACUCCUCCAUUACUCCAAACCCUUUCUUCUCCACAAGGACCCGUCUUCAUGUUGACUCCCUGGUUCCCUCCUCCCUACCUGACUCAAGACAUCCUGUUCAUCUUAGAUGUGGUGCUGCAUUCCCCACACUUCCACCAGAAACAUGGAUUUUAAAAAAGUAAAAUGCAACUCUCAUUCAACUCAUUUGCAUGCAGCCCGGAGAUGGAUGAAGAGGAAAAUUUGUGCUGCUUAUUAUGUGAAGUCCUUGAUUGUGUCUUCCAUCAACUUCCAUGUGGUCUUGAUCGAGGCUGUGUGUCGUCACCAUUGACAGUAUUUAUUCCACAGUCUAUUGUGUCUGCUGUCUUUCCGUUUAAACCUCUCUUUGAAGACUAUGUCUUUGCAAUCUUGCCUUUUAGUCUGGCCAGGACUUCUGGUGUCUUUUGGGGUCAAUAAGCAGUUAGAUCAUCCUCUUGACACCCAGGUCAAUGUGUUUGACUGGACAUUGCAGCCUUACUGACAUACUCCUGCUCUUCUUGCAAGUAGCUAGCUUGUUAUUUGUCCUUGGGCAAACAUUACAGUCACAUUCCCAAUUUUCAAAUUGUUUAGAUGUGUUUGGUCUUGUGACAGUGGCCUGACCGACACACCAUUUCCUUUGAUGGAAAUAAUCAGCCAUAAGUACCCCACCUCAGGUCAAAAGACAAAUAUUUAUGAUACGUGAUUUGGAAAAUCUUGGAUGUGCAUCUUAUUUUAUAAACUAUGCAGAGAAAUUCAGGACUGUAUGCUUUCAGUUGCAUUUGAAACAUCCUGUUGCUAAACUUGCAAAUGUUUUGUUAUGGAAAGUGGUGCGAUAGCAAUCACGCUACUUGAUUUCUUUACUGAAUUCCAACAGCUCAGUUAGCCAAAAACAAAUCUGAACACGUGGGAUUUAGAUGAUUUCUCUGCUCAUUUUCUCACUGUAGAGAGACAUGUCCGCAUUCUCUCCACCUAUGAGGAGCCAUGGCAUUGAAGGCAUCGUUUUGUUUCCAUUCAAAGUAGAUGUGACAUAAUGAUGUGUAUCUUCCACAGUAAGCUACUUUCACUUCCACUGUUUCCACUUUGGAAUGCUGAGUAAGCUGCUGAUAGGUGUGCUCCUGGCAGUGAUAACCAGUGGUAAAUGCUUUGGACAAUGUUUUUCAAGCAGUAGCAAAGCGUGUCUUACUUUUAAAAGAGUAAAUUCAAGUAGGAAAACAGUAUUUUAGAGAGAUCGGUUUAACACAAAGCAUGGGCCUUCUGUUGCAAAUAUGUAGGCAUAAAUGAUCCAUUGUUCAGAUGCUAUAAAGUAGAUUGAUACAUAUGGCCUGUAGCUAUUACAGUUUACUGAUUUAUGAUCCUGCUCAGAGCAUUCAAAACAUUUUAAAUUAGGACUAAAGCUUAGUGCAGGGCCCUAUUAAUGUAAGAUCAUAUGCAUGCCUCAAAUGGUUUGGAGAGGCAACUGUUUGUUUUUGUGCCUUUGUUUUGAUUUUGUCUGUUUUUUGACUGCUGUUUUUUUGCAGUGUCAGUCACUGGAGCUCAUUAAUCCUGUUUGCCAUUUCCUUUUUAAACAGCAGUGUGAAGUGAAUGCCACAUGCUCCACUUUAGCACGCAUGCCAACACAUACAGUAUAAUCUAUCAGUACUUUUUCUUUUAAACUGCUAUUGUCAUCAUUGCACUGGGGAACUGUUGCCUCAAAUGUUGAGCAUCAAUACCUGCCUCAGGUGGCAGGUAUCGCUUUGCGCCGCCAGACAGCAGGUUGAGAAACCUCUUAUGUUCUGAUACAUCUUUGUCACAACUUAAACACCACGAAUAUGACAAUACACUUAAUGUUCCCCGGCCCCUUCUGGUGCGCUGUCAUUUCACUCCAAUCAGCUGGGCUUUUGUGUAGAUUGUCAAAGACAAAACAUGCUGUACUGUCCCAGAUGCUUCAACACUUCUUGUUUCACUAGCAGGCUUAAGUUUUAGAGUACCGUCCUUUCAUGCAUUUUUCAACGCAGUAGUUUUUUUUCGUUUUUUUUUUCAAUUGAUUUGAAGGACUUUUAAUUAUGAUCAAACGGCACUGUCCUCACUGAAUACGGUGAUAGAAUAUUUUCACUUUGUAGCUUGGGCAACGACUGAUGAAACUAAUGGUCUUUAUUUGUUUUUUUAGUUGUUGAUGAACAUGACUGCAGAAGAUGAAGACACCACAUGUUAGGUGUUAAAAAAACGUUUGCAUCUGGGAGAUUCAAGUGUAUUCUGUGCAAAAGUGAAAACGUUUUGAGAGAAUGUUGUUUUACAGCAGGACGGUUGUAAAUGGAUUUCUUAAUCUAUUUAAUUCAAAUGGUAUAAUUUAAUUGUUAUUGUUGUGGAUGUAAAAAGAACUGUAUUUAUGUGGUCUGCUUUCUGUAUAAAUUGCUCUAGUCAUGUCAUGCACACACUCCGCAUAAUUUUUUAAUGCCUAAUGUCCUGUGAGCCACUUUUGUCUUGAAGAAUAAAUGAAAACACU